UCCCCCAACACACCAGUAUUUAAUUAAGGACCUGAAGAGCAGGCUUCACCAGGCUCCCUGGGGAGGAGCAGGAAAGAAGGAUAGUUUCUACCCCAAAGCCCUCGUCUCUGGUCUUCCCCUACCCCACCCACAAGAUGUAAGCCAAAUGUGAAACCUGAGGUCAUUGUCUGCCUCUACUUCUCUUUGAAUAAGUUGACUCAGUUCUCAUAUUUAGAUAUGUCAUCACAUGUCAUAAUUCCAAAGAAACAAAACUUACAUGCAAUCUCAGAUUUUUCUAUCUCAUGACUUCCUGACCAGCAACCUUUUAUAAAGGACAGUCGGAGCCCAAAUUUCAAAGAGUCAGAGAACCCAGGAGUCUUCGGCCCCAUCUUGCUUCUGCAGCUGGUGAGCCACCAGAAGGAUGAGGGGCAGCCUGGCUAUGCUGGCUUUUCUCCUCCUCAUUGUCGCCGCCCUCCACUCUGAGGCUGAUGAAGAACCAGUUCAAUUAAAGCCCAUUGCGUGCUGUUUCAAAUACACCUUGCGGAAAAUCCCUAUCCGGUUUGUGGCAGAUUAUUCUAGAACCCAUAAACAGUGCUCCAGCCCAGGGAUCAUUUUCCAUACCCGAAGGGGGCGACAGAUCUGCGCCAACCCCAGCGAUGCCUGGGUGCAGGAGUACAUCAGCAACCUAGACAACAGCAACGGGGCCAACAUGGCCUAGAGAGCUUGAGAGGAUGCACAGAGCCCCCUUCUUCCCUCCCGACUCUCCCAGCCAGAUGGUCCCUGGGAGUUGUCCUGGCCCAAACUGAAGCUCUUUCUUGCUGUUCUCUCUGAUGAAUCCCCCUGUUUCCUGAAGCUUCUCUUUGACACCACCCUCUGGGACCUGAUGACACCGUGGCCCCCAGAGAGCAUCUGUCUUCCCUUUGCAGGCAGCCAGCUGUUGAAAUAAAA